UCCCACAGCGCGACUGCCUGCUGCUGCGCUGCAUUGGGGAAUCCGCGAGACCGCGACCCUGGUCGUUGAGGAUGGAGACCGACAAGAUUCGCCGCGGAGUCUUUGAGAAUAGGAGACUUCGAGUAGCGGAGUAGCAAGUAGGUGUGGAGAGGCAGCGGAUCUUGGUGACGCGUGUGCCUUCCUCCCUGACGGUGACGGUCAAUCUUGCGGUGCGGCCUCGGUGGCCUCGCCCAGGCACGGCGGCGCGAAGACGGCGGCGGGCCUCCUCAGGUACCUCCCCCCGUCUUCAAUGCCCGCCGGUUUCGUCUGACCGGGGAGCAUUGCUUCGUGAGCACACUCGGCACUACAGAGUAGAGCACACCACGCCGCCCAAAAUUGACCUGCUUUUACCUUGGACGCGCGCGCGCGGCCGGCGGGCAGGAGCCACUUCUUCGGUUUUCGAGUGACGUCAGGUGUGUGAAGCUGCACAACCGCUUUGUUCGUGCAGGACUUUCGUGGGGAUGUGACGGUUGCCGGGGCUGUGCCGUCCAGGAAAUUAAAGUCGCCAGCUUCCGUCCUAAGAGAUAGGCAGAUAGCCUUUCUUCCGUCUGCUUGACUUGAAUUCGGUGACAUUCUACAAGAAUUUGAGGCUCAAGUGAUCAAAAAGAAGAAGAAGAGGAAUUUGAGGCUCAAAUGCUCAAUUGGCUGCCCUGCCUGCCACUUUCCCCUAGCUCAGGGUCGCUCCACAACACCAGUUCAUCGCGAGUUGCUUGCAGGAUCCUCGGGGUCUGCUGCGCUGCGGGUUCCUAUCAGUCUGGCAGCUUUCCCUCUGAUUCUUUCGAGAGGACUUCCUGCUCUGGUUUACCUCCUGCAUCCGAUAUAGAGAUGCCGUAACUCUUUAACAAACUUCUUCGAGUUGAUCAUCCAAUGCCCUCGCAACUUGCAUAGCUACAAGACUCGGUCACAUCGUAAAUGGCUCAGAACACCUCCGAAGAUGACAUAGAAAAUGUGCCAUAUUCAGAUGCAAAUUCACCAAUUUUGACUGGAUAUCGUGUAUCGGUUCCUAUUCUUGAUGAUGGGCAAGUGCAAGGGACAGUCCGUCAUGAACGACGGCUUCUUGAUUUCCUGAAGGCCACUCCCUCGGUGCAAUGGAUAAAGAAGAUCAAUCUUUAUUCGCCAUUGAUAAAAUUUCGGCUUCCAUCCUCUAGCGUCCAUGACAACCUUCAUGUUCACUUCAUCAGAACAAUCAACUGGGGUACAGUUUUCACUAUAUGCAAGAAAUGGCUCAAGCAUCCAAUGAACAUUGCUCUCCUAAUAUGGCUGCUCUGUGUUGGUGCUGCUGGUGCCAUGUUAAUCUUGCUUCUGUUAGGACUCCUGAAUGAUGCAUUCCCUUCCAAGUCCUUAAGAAACCAGUGGAUAGAGAUUGACAAUCAAAUCCUUAACGCCCUCUUCACCCUCUUGAGCAUAUACGAGCACCCAAAAUUAAUCCACCAUACUGUUCUCAUCUACCGGUGGCAGCCAGAGGACGCAGCCGAGCUCAGGAAAUAUUAUUGCAAGAAUGUGGCAUGCCGUCCCAAUGAGCGAGCACACAUAUUCUUUGUGGUUUUUCUCCUCCAUAUCACUUGUAUCUCCCAGUAUGCCGACUGUAGCCUCUACUGGGCCUACCCCAGCCAAUCACGCUCUGAGUUUGCUGACAACUUCUUCUUCGUCCUAGGCAUCGCUGCACCAGUCAUUGCUGGAGUGUACGCAGUAUACAGCCCUCUUGGCAGAGACUAUGAUGCGGUGUCUGAUGAAGAAACCAAACAACUGGACGCAGUUCUAAUCGAGUCAUCAGAAACAAGAACAGUAGUGAGCAAUCCCGCAUGGGCAGGUGGGCUGUUUGAUUGUGGCGAGGACCCCACAGCUUGCUACCUGUCGUUCUUGUUCACAUUCUGUGUGUUCGGUUGGAACAUGGAGCGACUUGGGUUUGGCAACAUGUAUGUGCACACAUUCACGUUCCUGCUGCUGUGUGUCACGCCAUUCUGGUUGUUCAAUAUCACAGCGAUGAACAUCCACAGCUACAUCCUUGGUGAUUUCAUCGGUGCUGCGGGGAUUGUGCUGUGUUUCUUUGGCCUGCUAUAUGGGGGUUUCUGGAGGAUGCAGAUGAGGAAGACAUUUGGGCUGCCCAGAAGCAGGUGGUUCUGUGGAUCAGCAUCAUUGACAGACUAUGUUCAAUGGCUGUUCUGCUGGCCAUGCUCUCUUGCGCAGGAGGUGCGCACGGGGAACCUGUAUGAUGCAAAGGAUGGGAACUUCUAUGAGAAACUGAUUGACGGUGCUGAUGUGGAGAGUGGAUCAGGAUUGAUAGUUGUGACGGAAUCACCAGUCUCUAUGGGAGUAGAAGAGGGGAAUGGUAUCAAUGUCAAACUCGUGGCAGAUGGUGAAAUGAUUCCACCCACCCAACCAGUAAUAGAAUUUGGGGAGAGGGAAGGAACUGAUUCAGAAGUUGUGGCGAAUGGCAGCAUCCAGCUCAAAAGCUAACCCACUGCUAGGAUGAUUUGAGUUAUGGUGUUCAGAAGUAGCCAAGUCAUUCUUCUUCUUCUUCUUUGAUCGACACCACCUUUUUCAGCACUAUGCUCUUCUGUUGUCAAUCCCUGUUUAAUUUGUCAUUUAGCUCAUUUAUGUAAAAAGGUAAAUGUAAUGAAUAGGCAAUGGUCUCAGGAAGUACAGUGGCAAAUAGAUGUAAAAAUGUUUUGUA